GAGGAGAAGUUCUGGCGCGAGGCCACGUGAACAUUUUUAUCUUCAUACAACACACAACACAGGGAAACCAGCUCGUCCACAUGUCUGCAGCUCCAGGAACCAGGAAGCGGCUGCUUCUCACGCUCGUGGCAUGUGUUCGUGGAGUAGGAGGAUCUUAUUGCUACUUCUCCUUUCAUCUUCCUCCUCCUCCUGCCACACACCCACCCACCCUCCAGCCCACCAGCCAGCCCACGCCUCGGCUCCCUCACACACCCACUCUGAGCCAGGCAGCGAGGCAGAGCAGUCCAUGGACGUCCAGCUGCAUAAACAGAUGGAGCAGGGAGCCGGGCUCGAGACCCCCGAGACUCAGGAGACCCCGGUGGGCGUGAACUCCAGUUUCCAGGCCCGGAUCCACGCCAGAAUGGAGCUGGUCAAGAACAUGAAGGAGGAGGAGAAGCUCUACAGGUACAACGGGGUCCUGUAUCCCGUCAUCAUGAGUCCUGAGGAGAACCUCCGGGCCCUGGAGAGCGUGGAAGCUCGGGAGGAUGAUAUCAUGCUGGUGGCCUAUCCAAAGUGUGGUUUUAACUGGAUGGUGGCGGUGCUGCGCAAAAUCAUGUCUGCUGCUUCUGGUGUAAAAGCUGAAUCCAAGAUGCCUCCUCUGAUGGAAUUCUUCGGUUCAGAAGCACUGCAGUUCCUCCAGAAGGCCCCGUCUCCCAGAUUGCUGGGGACCCACAUGCACCCUGACAACAUUCCAGCCUCCUUCUUCCAGAAGAAGACCAAGAUGCUGGUUGUUUUCCGAAACCCGAAAGAUACAAUGGUCUCCUUUUAUCAUUUCUCCAGUAAGAAUCCGGUCCUGGCAACUCCAGAGUCCUGGGAUCAGUUUUACACGGAUUUUAUGAGCGGUGAAGUUCCGUGGGGCUCGUAUUUUGAUCACGCUCUGGCCUGGGAGAAAUAUAUCGAUGACCCCAGUGUGAUGAUCAUCACAUUCGAAGAGCUGAAACAGGAUCUGAGUGGAGGUGUUCAGAGAGUGGCUGAAUUCUUUGGCUACAGCCUGACGGAUGAUCAGAUCCAGAGCAUCGCGGAGGAGAGCACCUUCAAUGCCAUGAGAGAAGGAUCCAAGGAUUCCCACGGCCAGAUGGGUAAAGUGUUUUUCAGGAAAGGUGAAAUCGGGGACUGGAGGAACCACUUCAGCGAUGUCCAGAGCGAGGAAAUGGACGCUGCCUUCAAAAAGCAUCUAGAAGGGACAAAACUCGGCGCCAGGCUACAGUAUGAUCUGCACUGCAAGUGAAGAGUAUCCACGAGGUAUUGAAGCACCAGGGAAUAUAAUACAUAAAGGAUAUAUCAGGGAAUGGGCGUGGUUCUCACACAGCAGGCAGCCAAUGAAAACUCCAUCACAGUCGCACCUUCACCACCGAAACCGGUUUAAGAGGGGACCAGCAUCAGACAGGACAAUGGAAAACACCGGUUACCUGCUGUUCAUAAACAACACCUCAUUUAAUACUGUGUGGAGUAAAUACUGUACACUAUACACUGUAGGAUAUACAACUUGCGCGUGCUAACAAGAAACCUCGUAUCUCGUGAACGGGUCGUGUUACAGAAAGGGUAUUAACUUUUAACAAAGUUAAAAACGAAACUCUGGACCAUUUCUGCUGGUUUAUUUACGCAAAAAAAAAAAAAAAACACAGUGUAAAACCAGUCAUCAUUUAUCAGGUAAUCAGCCAUAACAUUAAAACUAUCUGCUGUUAUAAUUGUACUGUUUACCAAAGCCUAAGCUGCAGACGUGUGUGUAUACGGAAGGAUACAUCAGCUGCGUCCUCAUAAUCGGAACAGGGGUACUUAGGCUGCAGGCAUUGUGCAGCUCUGAUUAUUCAAGCCAUGGAACCUACAAGACCUCUAAAAGUGUCCUGUGGUAUCUGGCACCAAGACAAACAUUACAGCAUAUCUUUUAAGCUAUUAAGUCCUGUAAGAUGUGAGGUGGGCGUAGCAUUCAUGAACAUUAGUCCAGAGUCCAGAGAAUUGGUGCCGUGACCCUGUUGUUACGUAAUUUGGUAGGUACAAUAUAUAUGCAAUGCCUUGGAUAUUUCCAUUUGAACCAGGUCAUCAGUCAAUAUUUUUCACUUCACCUGGCAGUGGUUUUAACCUUAUGGCUGAUUUUAUACUGUAUUUUAAUAUAAAUUAAUAUGAAUAAGAAUGUUAUAUAUAUAGUCUGAACUGUUUAUCACUAUACUGAAACCAUGCUGAGUGAUGGAGAGCUCUCAGUUCAGGUUCUCGAUUCAGGUUCUCCAGGGCAUUUUUAUUAAACUGUGACAUUUUAAAAACCAUGUACGUUCCUGAACAAUGUUAACACUUUACUGCUAUACAGUGUAGUUUAUAUAAAACAUUUACUUAUUUGUUUGUUUUUUGUAGAACUGUGAUAAAAAAAUAUAUACCUGUUGCAUCAA